GCGCCGCAGCAAGGAGCAGAUGCUGGAGCUGGUGGUGCUGGAGCAGUUCCUGGCCAUCCUGCCCCGGGAGACGCGGAGCUGGGAGUGGGGGCGCGGCGUGGAGACCUGCGCCCAGGCCGUGGCCCUGGCCGAGGGGGUUCAUGUGGGGCAGGCGGAAGAUGCAAAUCAUCAUGUGAAAGCAUUUCACCCUGAUCGCAGAUGCUGCUGUGCCCGUCUCUGUGUGUUUGGGGGAUGUUCCCUCCCAGAUCCCAGCUCCCCGGUGACGUAUUUAUCCCGUCCCCAGGUCACGCCGAGUGUGAAGGUCGAGGACGUGUGGUCAGACACGAUGCAGCCCACUGGGGCACCGCAGGAGCCUGGUGAGUCCUGGCCGGAGCAGCCACGCGCCCGUCAUGCAGACAGGCCUCUGGAAGAGUCGGGAGACGUGGAAAUCUUGGGGCCUCGGGACAACCCACCUGACGUCCCCAGAGAGGAUGCCCCGCCCCCCCGGGAGCCAGGUGCUGGGACCCUGAGCAGAGCGGAGCAGCAGCCUCCCAAGGAGCGGCCUGUAAUCCUGGAGCUGCAGAGGACUUCCCCAGGGAGACCGGAGGAGAGGAGCUCCCUGACACCUGAGCCGGGCCAAGUGCAGAGGGGGCAGGGCAGGCCUCCAAAGCAGGAGGAGAGCUCGGAGUGGCAUCCACAUCACGUUUCAGCUAAAGACUGGGGAAUGGAGAGGAGCUCCCUGACAUCUGAGCUGGGCCAAGUGCGGAGGGGGCACGGCAGGCCUCCAAAGCAGGGGGAGAGCUUGGAGCUUUGGGAGGUGUUUGAAGACGUGGCCGUGUAUUUCACACGGAAGGAGUGGGAGCUGCUGGACGAUGACGACAAGGUGCUUUACCAGGACCAGAUGCUGAAGAAUUACCAAGCCCUCGUUUCCCUGGGAUAUCGAGGACCCACACCUGACUUAAUCUGCAGCAUCCAGAAAGGACAAGUGGAGCUCUGGGUCUGUGAUGGUGAGGACCGUGGGGAAAUCUCAGGAUUCAUGGGGAAAUCUCAGGAUGAUGAGGACUUGCUGCUAGGAGGUGCCUGGCUGCUGAGCAGAGCUGAGGAUCAGCCUCCUGCAAAAGGGUCUCCAGACCUGGAGCCAGCAUGGGCUUCCCCAGGAAGUUUGGGUACGAUGGGCUCCCUGAGACCAGAGGAGCAGUGGCAUAAGAGUCAUGGAAGAGCUCAAAAGCAAAAGGAGAAUGUGAUGAACCAGCAGCUGUCCAUCCACCUGGGCAGGAAGACACACCACUGCACUGAGUGCAGGAAGAACUUCAUCUGCUGGCAAGACCUGUCUCAACACCAGUGUGUGCAGCACUGCUGCACCAAGUGUGGGAAGAGAUUCAGGCAGCUCUCCAGCCUGGCCAGGCACUGGUGCAUGCAAACAAGUGAGAAGCUACAUCAGUGCUUGGAGUGUGGGAAGAGCUUCACUCUCUCCUCCAGCCUGGCUCAACACCAGCGUAUCCACACAGGGGAGAAGCCACAUCAGUGCUCAGAGUGUGGGAAGAGGCACCAGCGCAUCCACACAGGAGAGAAGCUACAUCAAUGCUCAGAGUGUGGGAAGAGAUUCACUCAGUUCUCCAACCUGACCAAGCACCAGCUCAUCCACACAGGGGAGAAGCCACAUCAAUGCUCAGAGUGUGGGAAGAGCUUCAACCGAUCCUCCAACCUGGCUCUGCACCAGCUUAUCCACACAGGGGAGAAGCCACAUCAGUGCUCAGAGUGUGGGAAGACCUUCAUCCAUUUCUCCUACCUGACCAAACACCGGCUCAUCCACACAAGAGAGAAACCACACUGGUGCUUGGAGUGUGGGAAAAGCUUCACCCGAUCCACUUACCUGGCCCAGCACCAGCUGAUCCACACAGGGGAGAAGCCACAUCAGUGCUCAGAGUGUGGGAAGAGCUUCACUCAUUCCUCCAGCCUGGCUCAGCAUCAGCGUAUCCACACAGGGGAGAAGCCACAUCAGUGCUCAGAGUGUGGGAAGAGCUUCACUCAUUCCUCCAGCCUGGCCCAGCACCAGCUGAUCCACACAGGGGAGAAGCCGUAUCAGUGCUCAGAGUGUGGGAAGAGCUUCACUCACUCCUCUGGCCUGGCUUGGCACCAACGUACCCAUACAGGGGAGAAGCCAUAUCAGUGCUUGGAGUGUGGGAAAAGCUUCACUCACUCCUCAGGCCUGGCUCGGCACCAGCGUAUCCACACAGGGGAGAAGCCACAUCAGUGCUUGGAGUGCGGGAAGAGCUUCACUCAGUCCUCCAGCCUGGCCCAGCACCGACGCAUCCACACAGGGGAGAAGCCAUAUCAGUGCUCAGAGUGUGGGAAGAGCUUCACUCAGUCCUCCAGCCUGGCUCACCACCAGCGUAUCCACACAGGGGAGAAGCCACAUCACUGUUCAGAGUGUGGGAAGAGCUUCACCCAGUUCUCCAACCUGGCCCAGCACCAGCUCAUCCACACAGGGGAGAAGCCACAUCAGUGCUCAGACUGUGGGAAGUGCUUCACCCAGUUCUCCAAACUGGCCCAGCACCACCUGAUCCACACAGGAGAGAAGCCGUAUCAGUGCUCAGAGUGUGGGAAGAGCUUCACUCACUCCUCCAACCUGACUCAGCACCAGCGUAUCCACACAGGGGAGAAGCCACAUCACUGCUCAGAGUGUGGGAAGAGCUUCACCCUGUCCUCCGACCUGACCAAACACCGCCUCAUCCACACGGGAGAGAAACCACAUUGGUGCUCGGAGUGUGGGAAAAGCUUCACCCUGUCCUCUAACCGGGCCCAGCACCAACUGAUCCACACAGGGGAGAAGCCACACCAGUGCUCUGAGUGCGGGAAGAGCUUCACUCACUCCUCCAACCUGACUCAGCACCAGCGUAUCCACACAGGGGAGAAGCCAUAUCACUGCUCGGAGUGUGGGAAGAGUUUCACUUACUCCUCCAGCCUGGCUCGGCACCAGCUUAUCCACACAGAGAAGAAAACAUAUCAGUGCUUAGGGUGCGGGAAGUGCUUCCUCCACUCCUCCAAACUGGCCCAGCACCAGUGCAUCCCUAUCCAGGAGUGUCCUUAAUUCUGCCAGCAAUACAGGAAGGAUUUGGAGAUGUAUACCUGCUCAGCACUCACCAGUGUCUGCAUCCAAGGAAGCAGCCUCAUGCUGGUGCAGUGCAGCAAGAGUUCACUUUUUGUUCAGCCUUUCUAGGUCACUGCAAA